GGGUAAGAAAAUUUAUGAACCACCUCGUUACAUGACUAUCAAUAAAGCAAUUCAACAACUUUUUGAAAUUGAAGAAACUCGUAAACAAGAAGCAAUCGGUAUAGCCCGUCUUGGAUCCUUCACGGACCAACAAAUUAAAGUUGGUACUUUAAAUCAAUUAUUGAUACAAGAUUUUGGAUCACCAUUGCAUUCUUUGGUUAUUGUUGGUUCUAGAGUUCAUGUUCUUGAAAUAGAUUUCAUGAGAUUUUUUGCAGUUGAUAAACAAGUAUAUAAUGAAAUUGUAAAAAAGGAUUAUGGAAUAUAA